AUCGUGUCCAUUGUAUAUACAAUAUAAAAGUUAUGGCAGAUAUAAUUGGAAACAGCCGAGGAUAUAAACAAUCGGUUAAGAAAUGGUUAGGUGGAAUUAUUUUCACGUCUUCACUAUUCUUGUCCAGCACUGUGGGAUUUAUUGUGUUGUCACCUAUACACAUGACCGCGUUUAUGUUAAAGCUUCACUGUGCACAAUGGAUAUUUGAUACUAUAGUAUCAACAUGGUUUGCGUUUCUCGUUGCGGCGUACGAGCUGUUAUAUGGAGUACGAAUUGUGAUUCAGGGGGACGUAACUGCCAUGAACAAAAACAGAUGCUCCCUCAUUGUGAUGAACCAUCCAACACGACUGGAUUGGCUGUUUUAUUUCGCAGUUCAGGCGCGAUACGCAUCAUUACGGAGAUUAAAAAUUUGCUUGAAAAAUGAAUUACGGCACAUUCCAGGAGUAGGGUGGGCAAUGCAAGCCGCCAAAUUUCUCUUCCUGCACCGCAAAUGGAGCAGCGACCGAGAGCGAAUAGUUGAAUACCUGUCACACUUCAACAGCCUAACUUACGCUCCACAGCUGUUGUUCUUUCCUGAAGGGACAGAUUUUCGAUCUUUAAGUCGGCAGAGAAGCAAGGAAUACGCGGAGAAAAACAGUCUGAAUGAUUAUGACCAUGUCCUUCACCCAAGGACCCUGGGAUUUACAGCUCUCGUUGGGCAUAUGAAGCAAUAUAAUAAACUUGACCAGAUCGUAGAUGUAACCGUGGCAUAUCCGGAAAACGUUAUGCAGCGUGAAACCGACCUUAUUACUGGCAAUAUUCCCAGAGUAAUCGUUUUUAAAAUAGAUUGUUUUGACAUUGACACGGUGCCAACAGACAAUGACGGGCUUCUCUCAAGAUGGAUUGAAGACCGCUGGAGGAUAAAGGAAGACUUUCUAAAAGAAUUUUAUUGCUACCGGGACUACAACGCCCAGAAUGGUUACAGUGAUGAGCAAAACUUGGAAAUCGAAAUGGAUCUGAAGGUUUAUCUAAUCGGAGCAUUAGUGUUUUGGUCAAUGCUGUCAAUGUGCACGCUUUACUGGUUGGUGUUCUUUCCCUGGUUUAGACUGUGCUUCCUCUGGUCUGUUCCGGUGUGUAUAAUAGUGAGUACUGUGAUCGGAUUUGAUAACUUGUUUACAAUUUUGACACCUCUACCCGACACAAAAUGAUUGAUUUUGCACAUGACAAACACUAGAGUAAUCUUGGAGCGGAACACAUAUAGGUGGAUACAUUUGUGAAGUUCUUACACGGUGAAAAUAGGCCCAACAAAACAUUUUUGAAAAACGUUAUACCGUGCAGUAACAAACAUAAUACCGUGCAGUGACACAUAUUAAACCAUGCAGUGACACACAUUAUACCGUGCUGUGACACAUAUUAUACUGUGCAGUGACGCACAUUAUACCGUGCAGUGUCGCACAUUAUACCGUGCAGUGACCAACAUUGUACCGUGCAGUGACACACAUUAUACCGUGCAGUAACACACAUCAUACCAUACAGUGACGCACAUUAUACCGUGCAGUGACCAACAUUGUACCAUGCAGUGACACACUUUAUACCGUACAGUGACACACAUAAUACCAUACAGUGACACACAUUAUACCGUGCAGUAACACACAUCAUACCAUACAGUGACACACUUUAUACCGUGUAGUGUCACACAUUAUACCGUGCAGUGACAAACAUUGUACCGUGCAGUGACACACAUUAUACCGUGCAGUUACACACAUUUUACCGUACAGUGACACACAUUAUAUUGUGCAGUGACACACAUUGUACCGUGCAGUGACACACAUUAUACCGUGCAGUUACACACAUUAUACCGUGCAGUUACACACAUUAUACCGUGCAGUGACACACAUAAUACCAUGCAAUAACACAUGGUACGAACGACUGCUUAUCUUUUAUUUAUUUGUUAAUUUUGAUGCAUUGACUUACAAUUUCGAACAUGCACGUAGGCUAAUUCGAAAAACGUGCUUACUUAAUAUCACCAUAUGAUUAUGUUUUUUUGAUAAUAAUUUAAAUUGAUAUCGUUGUUAAAGCUGAUGUAUCUGACAGAUGGAUUGUACGUUUAAGCUUGUAUCUGUCCCGUUUCGAUUAGGAAACACCAUGUGAUUCAAAGGCCUUGACUAUAUUACGGUAAAAUUCAGAACAUUCCAUAUACACUUUAAGAAAACUUAGAGAAUUGUUUGAAUUGUUUUCAUUUAAAAUGCGCAAUAACUUUUGCUUUAAGCAAAUGGCUAUAGCAUUAUUUUAUACACAUACGUCAAUGUUUGUUGAUGGCCCCAAUUUUAUGAACACUUAAUAUCCUUAUAACGAGAUCAAGCUUAGCACAUUUUUUCUGUUAUGGUAUAAUCACGAUAAGGUACUUUUUUUUACUUAAUUCAGCUAAUUGAAAUAUGACACUUAAGCUUGUUGCGCCUUCAUCAUUCGAUUAAGAUCAAAUAUGGACAUGUAUUUCAUUUAAUUGCAUAUUAAUCAAUUUAUUGUAUUAAACAGAACAUAACAUUUUUUAUUCACGUAAACUACAUGGUUAAAUCAAGCUAACAUACUUGCUCCUUAGUUUUAUAAUAUAUGCAUAGAUUAUGGCUGUGAGGUUUGGGGACAUAAUGAUUCUGCUAGGUUAGAAAGGAUCCACCGAGGAAACCCCGACCAUUAUGGAUAACGAUAUUAAUAUUUAUGUCAUGUAUAACUGUUAUCUUCUGGCAUUGUGUGUCUAUCAUUGAGUGUGUAUUCUGCUUUAAUCCUUGUGUCCGUUAAGAAAGAUUAUAGUUAAAUGUUUGGAUAUUUGGCGUCUCCCUGUACUUACCAUGUUAUGAAUUAUGUAUGUUUAAAUUUUGUUUCAAAAUAUUUUAGUAGCACAUGUUGUGUACGACUUGGUCGUUAUACUUAUGUCGUUUGCGUGAUUAUAAAAUGAAAUUCUAUUUAUUUGAAUUAAUUGCGCUUACAAAGAUAAACUUGUAGGUUCAAAAUAAAGAAACAAUAUGUUA